AUGGGCUCGCAGCAGGAUUACCGGCUUCGACACCUAACGACAGGUGUCGCAUCAGCCACGCCUCCCGGACCUGAGAUCUCACCAGCUACAUAUCGUGGAAACAAGCCAGAAGAUUCCCAACAGACAGAGGAUAAUGGCGCUACAUGGAAACACCUCUUUGUCUUCACGGAACGCCGCCAGACUGGCUUCCUCAGUCUUGCCGUCGUCGCGUCCCUGCUUGUUGCUGUAGUCAAAACAGUCUUUGCCGUAGUCAUCGGCAAGAUUGUGGACCUUGUUAGUCCUCUGGGUGCCGGCAGAAUCGAUGCGAGUACAGCCAUGUCCGGGUUGACGAUCUGGUGCGUUGUGCUGGUUGGCCUUGGUCUGGCAUCAUGGGCAUUCAACUCAGCCCUCCUGGCACUGUGGGUUGUCUUCGGCGAAUUGGUCGCCAAAACUGCAAGAAUGAGUGUAUUUGAGCACUUGCUGGACAGAGAAAUGGCCUGGUUUGACUGCCACCGCGAGGGUCUCAGCACUGCUCUGUCCGGCAUGCAGACUAAUAUACGAGAGCUCCAGAUGGCAACUUCACAAGUCUUGGGAUUCCUCGUGGCUGAUGCCUUAGUCGCCAUUGGCUGCCUCAUUGUCGCCCUCUACAAUAGCUGGCAACUCACCCUUGUCCUCGUGGCGACUAUACCGGUAUCUGUAUUUGCCCUACAUUUCAUCAGUCGAGGGCUCCAGUCAGCUAUUGAUUCCCAGAAGCGGGAGCUCGCCCAAGCUACCAGGAUCACCAUUGCCGCCGUGACCGCCAUCGAUCUCGUGAAGAUAUACGACGCCACGGACAAUGAGGUCUGGCAGUAUCUUCAAGCAGCGAGGGGAUCCAUGAAGUUUUACAUUAGGCAGGCACUAAGGAACUCGAUGCAGAUGGGCUUCCUCAAGCUGUGGGUCAUCAAUCUGUUUGUCGUGGGGUUCUGGUUUGCCGGAUACCUCGUAAGCAAGAACAUGGCCACACCGGGAACGGCCCUGACAACAUUUUAUUCCAUCUUGACGGCUUUUCAGGCUGUGGAAGGAGUAGGACCACAGUGGCUUGUAUUGGCCAAGGGAAUGUCGGCCGGCCGCCGGCUCCAGAAGAUCGUGUUGGUCACGACAGGGGCUGGGAACGUGCCCGAAAUGGAAGCAUCCCACCGGCCACGGACCUCGGCCAAGGUGAUCGAACUCCGUGAUGUGAGCUUUGCCUAUCCGUCAAAUCCGACCAGGGUAGUGCUCAAUCGCUCCUCAUUUUCCUUCAACCCUGGUCUCACCUUCUUGGUGGGAAGAAGCGGGUCGGGCAAGAGCACCAUCACCAAUCUGCUUCUCAGAUUCUACGAACCUCUCAGCGGGGAUAUUCUCGUCGACGGGAAACCGAUUCGGACCUUGGACGACCAGUGGCUUCGCGAGAACGUCACCCUGAUCCAACAGUCAAGCGUGUUGUUCAAUGAUACUUUCUUCAUGAACGUCGCGUUUGGCUCGCGCGAUCCGCUGGUGGCAACGAGGGAGGAUGUCAGGGCGGCAUGCGAAACCGUGUUACUGCAAUCCACCAUCGCGAGUCUGCCCGACGGCCUCGACACCAAGCUCGGCAUCGGGGGCCAUAACCUCAGCGGAGGGCAGAGACAACGACUCGCUCUUGCUCGAGCCCGCCUCAGAGAUCCCCCGGUGUUGAUACUGGACGAGAUAACGAGUGGCCUCGACUCACAAAGCAGAGUCCUCAUCCUCGAGGCGAUCAGAGUAUGGAGAGCAGGGAAGACAACGAUUAUCAUCACGCACGACGUAUCCCAGAUACUCGACAAGGAUUACGUCUACGUACUGGACCAGAGCUUCCUAGUACAGAGCGGGCUCCGGCAAGACUUAGUCAAGGAUGAGUCCGGCGUCUUCAGGUCGCUGCUGUCCUCCACCGACAAUGAAGGCCAGCCAGGCUUGGACUCGUCCGCGCCGCUGCACCCGGCCGGAGUCACCAACGACGCAGCUUCAUCCUCCACGAGGAAGCCUUCAGCUUCGACCGGGAGCCGCGGGCUCUUCCGACUUUCCCUGGGGGCAAGCUUGGAGCGGUCGACGGUGAUCAAACUCGCGGAACCGACCUCUUGGAGACACAGCAGGGCAUUGAACCCCACGAGGAAGUCGAGCUUGGAUAUGGUCCAGGAGAGCGGGGAGGUGACGAGGUCCCGCCGACCGACCAACAAGCCACCCAGGCGGCUGGAGCAACAGAAAACCGGUAGUGAAAAGCAGGGGGGCCAGCCUGUCGCGCAUGGGGCUGGCCAGAACUCCCCCAUACCGGUACGCAAGAUCUUGGCCACGGUCUGGCCCGUACUCGACAAGACAAAUCGCCUCCGUCUGGUCCUAGGCAUCAUUGCCUGUAUCAUCGCCGCCACCUGUAACCCGGUCUUCUCCUACGUCUUUGCACAAUUGGUUGCCGCAUUCUGGGCACCGCCCGCUGAGAUGCGCGCUUCUGGGCAGGCAUGGGCCAUCCGUCUGACCAUUGUCGGCGCUGCAGACGGACUUGCUACCUUUUCUGCGUUCUACCUGAUGCAAUAUGCCGGCCAGGCAUGGGUCACCGCCCUGCGUGUCGAGGCGCUCAAGAGGAUCCUCUCCCAGCCGAAGCAGUGGUUUGAUGUGCCGACCAACUCGCCUGGUCGCCUCGCCGACGUUCUCGACGCGGAUGCAGAGGAGAUGCGCAACCUUGUCGGGCGCUUUGUGCCGAUAAUCAUGAUUGUUGUGACAAUGAUGGCCGGCGGGCUGAUCUGGGCGCUGGUCGUGUCGUGGCGGCUGACCUUGGUGACGCUUGCCUCCGCCCCAGCCGUGUAUGCUGCUACCCAAGCCAUCGGCACCGUUUCCGGGAAAUGGGAGGCAAGAUGCAAUGCCAUGGCCGAGACCACCGGCGCAGUGUCUGUCGAGACCCUGCUGAACAUCCGCGUGGUCAGGGCACUCACCCUGGAACACCACUUCCGCUCCAAGCACACCCGCUCGACGGAGAGCACAUUUCGAGUCGGCGUCCAGAGAGGCUUGUGGACGGGCUUCUUCUACGGUCUCAACCAGGGGGUGCCCAAUUGGCUCACAGCACUUGUCUUUUGGUACGCAGCCGUGCUGCUCACAUCGCCAGCCGCUGCCAUCUCUGCCUCGGGCAUCAUGCAGGUCAUCAACCUGCUGCUCUUCAGCAUAGGUACUGCUGCAGCAAUGCUGGACAAUAUCCCCCAGAUCUCCCACGCCAAGGCGGCGUCUAUACAAGUAUUACACUACGCCACCCUGAGCUAUACCAGCAGCCACGAGGGACGCGGUGACGUGAGGGUGCUCACGCCCUUCCCGAUCGAGAUGAGAGGCUUGCAAUUCGCAUAUCCUGUGGCCGACGGUGGUCAAAAUUCUCCCAAAAAGGUGCUUCGCAAUGUCAAUCUCCGCAUCGACCGUGGUGACUGCAUUGGUAUCGUGGGUGCUUCCGGGUGCGGCAAGAGCACCAUCGCGAAUCUUCUCUUGAGGCUCUACGAGCCGUCGGAGGACCAACAGCCGGAGGGGAGCCCUCAGCACCACGUCUCACAUCCCUCUCAUGCUAUACGCCAAGAACCGGGACCUUCAGGGCUGUCUUAUGCGCGCGUGCCAGCCUCGGACGUGUCAACCUCUGUUCUACGCACGCAUACGGCCUACGUCCCUCAACACCCCUUCCUCUUCCCGGCCACGAUACGCGAGAACAUUGUCUAUGGAAUCCACGCAGAUUCACCAUGUCGUGACUUGAAUUCUGUUGUAGCCGCCGCCAAGCUGGCCUGUAUACACGACUUCAUCGUCUCGUUACCAGAGGGGUAUUCCACCCUCGUUGGCGAGGGCGGGCUUGGGCUGUCGGGUGGUCAAGCCCAGCGCGUGAGCAUCGCACGGGCACUUGUUCGCAAGCCCCAGUUGCUUGUCUUGGAUGAACCCACCAGCUCUCUUGAUGCCGAGGGUGCUGAGGGUGUGAGGAAGGCUAUCCGGGGCCUCAUGGGGCGGGGCCAGCAAGGUGGACAGGGAGAGGGGCUCACAACUGUGAUCAUCACGCAUUCGAGAGAGAUGAUGAAGACAGUUGGCCGGAUAGUGGUCAUGGAUGAGGGGUUUGUGGCCGAGGAAGGCCGAUUCGAGGAAUUGCUGGCCCAAGGGGGCAACUUCACUGCGUUGAUGGGUGGUGGAGCCUGGCUCCCUUCUGCCUCCAACAAGGCUGUGAGCGCAAGUGGUCCAAAUAAUCGACUGAGCACCUGUGAUGAUGCCAUGACAAUUGUGUCGCCGUCUGGUUCAGAGGAGUCGGGCGCUGAGAAUAAUCCUCGUCAAAGGGCUCUGCAGAAGUUAGCCGGCACAACAACAAAUUAGGCCGCAAGCCUCUAAAGCGG